UGACAAACAUUGACCCAUGAAUCCAUUAUUAGGGUUUUAGGCAAAAAUCUCAAUACUUUCAGAUAUGACAUAAAAUUUUGAAAUUUAGGGUUUUGAAAUUAGGGCUUUUUUGAAAUUUGGGUUUUGAAACUGGGCAACUGCCCAAGAUCAUGGAAACCAAAAGACCAUUGCAAAGAUUAGGUAAAGUUCAAAUCUUGAAGCUUUUGGUGUUAAUCAUAAGCCUUGUGGUAGUUAUUAUUCUCAUAAUAAUAUCUCAGUUGAUCACUUUUCCUUACACUUUGAGUGUACCACCUGUCACCAAGGGUAUUUUCGUCAACGAAGCGCCUGUUUAUAACAACAGUAACGAGUCCGGUCCGGUUUUCAGAACACUGUCUGGUGCUGGUACACACAAGAUAGAAGUGGUACAUGUAAACGGGUCGAACGAAGAAGAAGGGUGCAAAGGGUAUGGUUGUAAUAAUGGAUCUUUGCUCUCACAAAGUGAAAUGAAGCAAAAUGAUUCGGGUCAAAGUGGUCAAACUGUUGUGGUUGCUUUAGAACCAACGCGGCUUUCUUACAUGGUUUCGGUUCUUGAAUCCACGGUUGCUGCUCGUUUCAGUAAAAAUAAGGCGUUAUCUGCUCGUGACCGGGAACUUAAACAUGCACGGAUGAAGAUCGAGAAUGAGCCCGUGUUAGAGAGCAUUGAAGGACUUCAUCCUUCUCUUUAUCACAAUCUUUCUCGGUUUUUAAGGAGUUACGAAUCGAUGGAAAAAACGUUAAAAGUGUACAUAUACAAGGAAGGGAAAAAGCCGAUUUUUCAUGAUCCGAAACUAAGGGGUAUCUAUGCUUCCGAAGGAUGGUUCAUGAAACUGAUGGAGAAAAAUCGAAACUUUGUCGUAAAGGAUCCCAGAAAGGCGCACUUGUUUUAUCUACCGUUUAGUUCACUUAAACUAAGAAACACGUCCCAGGAGCGAACUCCUACGUCCCGCAAAGAUUUAGAACAACGUUUAAAGCAUUACGCAAGUUUAAUCGCUGGAAAAUAUCCUUUUUGGAACAGAACUAACGGAGCUGAUCAUUUUCUUGUUGCUUGUCACGAUUGGGCGAUGGAGUUAACGAAAGAUCAUAUGGGAAAUUGCAUUCGAUCUCUUUGCAACUCGAAUCUUGGUAGGGGGUUCAAAAUUGGCAAAGACACGACUCUUCCCGCUACAUAUAUCCGUAGUGCGGAAAACCCGGUUCAAGAUCUCGGUGGAAACCCGGUUUCAGAAAGACCGAUACUUGCAUUUUUUGCAGGCGGGAUGCACGGAAACUUAAGACCGAUUUUACUUCAAACUUGGCAAGAUAAUAAAGAGCCUGAUAUUAUAAUACUCGGGCCAAUGGCCCGUGAUAUUGAAAGUAAAGCUAAAUACCGUAUGUACAUGAAGAGUAGUAAAUACUGUAUUUGUGCACGCGGGCAUGAAGUGUACAGCCCGAGAAUUGUGGAAUCGAUAUACUACGAAUGUGUCCCCGUGAUCAUAUCUGAUAAUUAUGUCCCGCCUUUUUUCGAGGUUUUGAAUUGGGAGGCGUUUUCGGUGUUUGUUUUGGAGAAAGAAGUGGUGAAUCUGGGUCGUAUUCUUAGAGCGAUACCGGAGAAGAAGUAUAUAGAAAUGCAGAAGAGAGUGAAGAUGGUGCAGCAGCAUUUUAUUUGGCAUAAGAUGCCUGUAAAAUUUGAUUUGUUUCAUAUGAUUCUUCACUCAGUUUGGAACACUAGAGUUGUUUUUAUGUAAUGCUUGUAGAUUUUAUGUUUGGCAAAACUUGAAACUGUGUAUACGUAUAUUCUCUUUCUCGAUUGGGUCCGGGUAUUGGCCAAGAAAACCAUACCUGAUGUACCCGGGUUCGGGUUUUCUAUACCUGGGUAUAAAAAUAGCCAGAUUUUCGGGUAUCAGAAAAACCCGGUGAAAACCCGGUUUGGGUAUUGGAUAACCUGGUUUGGGUAUUGGUAAUACAUGGUUUUGAA